GUGUGAAAUGGGUGAGUGGGUCCCAAGUUCCGAAUAGGGAGGUAUAGUAAGGUGGUUGGAAUAGAUGGAACAACUCAACAGAAAGAGAGAGAGAGAGAGUCGCGUGACAUGAGAUAUAUAUAAACUCCUCAAUUCCUUCCCUCUCUUCUCACCCAUCUUCUAUUCUCUCUUUUUUCCUCCCCACGUUUUCGCUUCUUUGCCGCUCAUCACAGAUCCCAUAUUCACUCACAGAGAUAUGGAAACCUUCCUCUUCACCUCAGAAUCAGUCAAUGAAGGCCAUCCUGACAAGCUCUGUGAUCAAGUCUCAGAUGCCAUCCUCGACGCUUGCCUGGAACAAGAUCCAGAAAGCAAAGUUGCCUGUGAGACCUGCACGAAAACUAACAUGGUUAUGGUGUUCGGUGAGAUCACAACUAAGGCUAAAGUUAAUUAUGAGAAGAUAGUUCGAGAUACUUGCAGGGGGAUUGGGUUCACAUCACCUGAUGUUGGCCUUGACGCUGAUCACUGCAAGGUUCUUGUCAACAUCGAGGCACAGAGCCCUGACAUAGCCCAAGGAGUUCAUGGUCACCUCAGCAAGAAGCCUGAGGAAAUUGGAGCUGGUGACCAAGGUCACAUGUUUGGUUAUGCCACUGAUGAAACACCUGAACUCAUGCCUCUGACUCAUGUCCUUGCAACCAAGCUUGGGUCCAAGCUCACUGAGGUGAGGAAGAAUAAGACAUGCCCAUGGUUGAGGCCUGAUGGUAAGACUCAAGUGACUGUUGAAUACCGGAAUGAGGGUGGAGCUAUGGUCCCUAUUAGAGUUCACACUGUUCUCAUCUCAACCCAACACGAUGAGACUGUCACAAACGAGCAGAUUGCCAAGGAUUUGAAAGAGCACGUGAUUAAACCUGUCAUCCCAGCCCAAUUUCUGGAUGAGAAAACCAUAUUUCACCUCAACCCAUCAGGUCGGUUUGUCAUUGGUGGACCUCAUGGUGAUGCAGGACUCACUGGUCGGAAGAUAAUUAUUGACACCUACGGUGGUUGGGGUGCUCAUGGUGGAGGUGCUUUCUCAGGGAAGGAUCCUACUAAGGUGGACAGAAGUGGUGCAUACAUUGUUAGGCAGGCAGCCAAAAGUGUAGUGGCUUCAGGACUUGCCCGCCGUUGUAUUGUGCAGGUCUCUUACGCCAUUGGUGUGCCGGAACCAUUGUCUGUGUUUGUUGACAGUUACAAGACAGGGAAGAUUCCGGAUAAGGAUAUAUUGGCUCUGAUUAAGGAAAACUUUGACUUUAGGCCGGGAAUGAUUGCAAUCAAUCUUGACCUCAAGAGAGGAGGCAACUACAGGUACCAGAAGACUGCUGCUUAUGGUCAUUUUGGCCGUGAUGACCCAGAUUUCACGUGGGAGACUGUUAAGAUCCUCAAGCCAAAAGCUUGAGUCCGUGAAAUAGACGGAAAAUUCUUUCUGCAAACACAUUUCCUGUUGCCAUUUUAUGGAUGUGGAAGAAUAAAGAGAGCUUCAUUGCAUACUUCAUCCAACAUUGAAGUGCUUUUUGUGAGGGUUCUGUGCGAGGCAGGAUGAUUGUUUGCUUUAUAUUAUCACAGUUUUAGCAGCCCAGGGUGUUUGAUUCACGUGUUCUCUUCCCUAUCCCUUUUCUGCAAGUGCUUUUUUCAAAAUCACCCUUCGGUUUGCUGAGGUUUUAACCCUUUCUUAUCAUUUAAUUUCUCUCAAUUUGAAUUUAUCAACAAGUUCUCAUUGGAAAUUUAAGUUGUUAAAAUUGAAGGGCAUUUGAUUUUUUAUUUUUAUUUUUUUAUUUUAUUAUUAUUUUUUUUAUGCCAUACAUGUGGGCCAUUCUUAUGUCUUAAUCUUCUUGCGAAAGCAAGUAUUAGCUGCUUAUGCAGUUGCACUUUGCUUUAUCAAUAAUCAAGACUACUUCAAUGUUGGCACA